AUGAAAGUCUUGGUGAUUUUGGCGGUUUGCGCUCUGGCAGUUGUUGCCGUUCCCAUUUCUGAAGAGGAACGCAUAAACGGAGAGAAUGGUUGGUAUGUGCCACAGGCUGAUGGCUCCCUUAUUUGGGUCUCAAUCGAAGAAGGUGAACAAAUGCUAGAUGAAUUGGAGAAGCAGGAAGAAAUACAGAGUCGUCUGUUACCCGUGCCAGUGACUUUCUACUUGUACACAAACAGAAAUCCGUCAAAAGGACAAAAGAUUAAAGAAAGCUUCAAGUCCAUAUCCGAAUCUGAAUUCGAUGCUAGCAAUCCAACAAGGUUCGUUAUUCACGGUUGGACCCAGAGCUAUACCGCUGGUAUGAAUAAAGAUAUCCGUGCAGCUUGGUUGGGACGUGGAAAAUACAAUGUGAUUGUUGUAGAUUGGGAACGCGCACGUUCUGUUGAUUAUGCCUCUUCUGUUGUGGCUGUACCAAAGGUUGGCGAAAAAGUGGCCAGCAUGAUCAACUAUUUGGUUGAUAUACAUGAUUUGAGUUUGAACGAUACGGAAGUGAUCGGUCAUAGUUUGGGUGCUCAUGUAGCAGGUUAUGCAGGUAAGAGCACUAGGAAUGGAUUGCUUCACGCUAUAGUCGGUUUGGACCCCGCCCUGCCACUCUUCAGUUAUAACAAGCCCAACAAACGUUUGAACGCCAAUGAUGCUCAUUAUGUCGAGUCUAUUCAGACCAAUGGCGGUGAAUUGGGUUUCCUGAAGCCAAUCGGUAAGGGCGCCUUUUACCCGAAUGGCGGUAAGACUCAACCUGGCUGUCUUUUGGAUUUAACUGGUGCCUGCAGUCACGCGCGCUCCACCGCUUACUACGCUGAGGCUGUUGCUCGUGAUGACUUCCCCAGCAUGCGUUGUGGUGACUAUGAGGAAGCAGUAAAAGAUGAUUGUGGCACUUCGUACAGUGGCGUGAAAAUGGGUGCAAUAACAAAUGCUUACAUGGUGAAUGGUGAUUAUUAUGUACCCGUACGUAGUUCUUCACCUUAUGGUUUCGGUAACUCUUAA